AUGUCCGGGAGCAGCACUAGCGGUAGAAAGAGCAGCAGUAACAGUAGUACAGGCACAGCCGUGCUCACCAGUGGCGAGAAGGGCAGGCAUACAACGGCGGCAACGGCGAGGCCGCUACCAGUAGGGGCGGCUCCUGCAGUGGCGGCUGCUCCAGGGGCGGCUGCUGCAGUGGCGGCUGCUCCAGGGGCAGCUACUGCAGGGGCGGUUGCUCCAGGGGCGGCUGCUGCAGGGGCGGCUGCUGUAGUGGCAGCUGCUCCAGGGGCGGCUACUGUAGUGGCGGCUGCUCCAGGGGCUGCUGCUGCAGUGGCGGCUGCUCCAAGGGCAGCUGCUCCAGGGGCGGCUGCUGCAGGGGCGGCUGCUGUAGUGGCGGCUGCUGCACUGGCGGCUGCUCCAGGGGCGGCUGCUGCAGUGACGGCUGCUCCAGGGGCGGCUCGGCUGCUGGGCGACUCGGCUCCUCGGUUGCUGGGCGGCUCGGCGGCUUUGCUGCUCGCUAGGGGCGGCUACGGGGCCGGGUAG